GUGCGGUAUUAAAAACUUCAGCAAAGCCGCUGCAUCAAUAACAAGUUUUCUUUAGAGCAUUUGACUCACAUUUCACGAUUAGUUUCUGGUUAAACAAGAGAAAAAUGUUUGUUUCCAACGAGAACGUCGGCGACAGAACCCGCUUAGAAGACUGGAGAAUUCGUGGCUACGAUCCCUUGUCUCCCCCAGACUUGUUGCAACACGAGUUGCCAGUCACAGAAAAAAGCAAAGCCUCUAUUUUGAAAGGCAGAGAUGACGCUGUCCAAAUCCUUAAUGGUGAUGACGACAGGCUUAUAGUGGUCAUCGGGCCAUGUUCCAUCCACGACCCCAGGGCUGCCCUUGACUACGCACACAGAUUGAAGAAAGAGGCCGAGAAACAUGCUGGCGAACUCCAUAUCGUCAUGAGAGCAUACCUUGAAAAACCAAGAACCACCGUUGGCUGGAAAGGCUUGAUCAACGACCCUGAAAUCGACGGUUCUUUCCAGAUCAACAAGGGUCUCAGAAUCGCGCGCAAGUUGUUCGUUGAGCUCACGGAAAUCUUGCCUAUUGCCGGCGAGAUGUUGGACACGAUCUCCCCCCAAUUCCUCUCCGACUUGGUCAGCGUGGGUGCCAUUGGCGCCAGAACCACGGAGUCUCAGUUGCACAGAGAAUUGUCUUCCGGGCUCUCUUUCCCCGUGGGUUUCAAGAACGGUACCGACGGCACGCUAGGUGUUGCCAUCGAUGCGUUGAGAGCUGCCUCCCACCCACACCACUUUUUGUCUGUCACGAAACCCGGCAUUGUUGCCAUUGUGGGAACCGACGGAAACCAGGACUGCUUUGUCAUUUUGCGUGGAGGCAAGCAAGGCACGAACUACGACGAGAAGUCCGUCAAGGACACGAAAGAGGCGUUGAAGAAAGCCAACGUGAUCAGCGACGACAAGAUCACGCGCAGAAUCAUGGUGGACUGCUCGCACGGCAACUCCAACAAAAACCACAGGAACCAGCCCCUUGUGGCCGCUGAGAUCGCCAGACAGGUCAGCCAAGGCGAGGAGGGUAUCUGUGGCUUGAUGAUCGAGUCCAACAUCGAGGAGGGCAGACAAGAUGUGCCUGCGCCCGAGCAAGGAGGCAAGGACGCCUUGAAGUACGGGUGCUCCAUUACGGAUGCUUGUAUUGGCUUUGAGGACACCAUUCCCGUGUUGCAGACUUUGGCCGACGCCGUGAAGGCCAGAAGAGCUGCUAGAAAGUAAGUGUAUAUAAGCAGUAUAAGGACAAGUGAUUGGGCACGAGUGGCGGGUGCGUCAACACACCACCCACAGGUCUGUAGUUAU